AGGAUGGAUAGAAUGACAGAAGAUGCUCUUCGCCUGAAUCUGUUGAAGCGCAGUUUGGACCCAGCAGAUGAGCGAGAUGAUGUCCUGGCAAAACGACUGAAAAUGGAAGGACAUGAGGCCAUGGAACGUCUGAAAAUGUUGGCACUGCUUAAAAGGAAGGAUUUGGCGAAUCUUGAAGUGCCACAUGAGUUACCAACCAAACAAGAUGGCAGUGGUGUCAAGGGCUAUGAAGAGAAACUCAAUGGGAGUCUCCGGCCUCAUGGAGACAGCAGGACUGCUGGAAGGCCAGGAAAAGAAAACAUCAAUGAUGAGCCUGUGGAUAUGAGUGCUAGACGGAGUGAGCCAGACCGAGGAAGGCUAACUCCUUCUCCAGACAUCAUUGUUUUGUCUGACAAUGAGGCUUCCAGUCCCCGUUCCAGCUCCCGAAUGGAAGAAAGACUCAAAGCAGCCAACCUAGAGAUGUUUAAGGGGAAAGGCAUUGAGGAACGGCAACAGCUUAUCAAGCAGCUGAGGGAUGAACUGCGACUGGAAGAAGCUCGAUUGGUGCUUUUAAAGAAACUGAGACAGAGUCAACUACAGAAAGAGAAUGUGGUCCAAAAGACUCCAGUUGUACAGAAUGCAGCGUCUAUUGUACAACCAUCUCCUGCCCAUGUGGGACAACAAGGUUUAUCCAAACUUCCCUCCCGGCCUGGGGCCCAAGGGGUUGAAGCUCAAAAUUUGAGAACAUUACAGGGUCACAGUGUCAUCCGUUCAGCGACCAAUACAACCCUCCCACACAUGUUGAUGUCCCAACGUGUUAUUGCACCAAAUCCAGCCCAACUACAGGGCCAACGAGGCCCACCCAAGCCUGGCAUUGUACGCACCACAACACCUAACAUGAAUCCCGCCAUCAGUUAUCAACCACAGUCAAGUUCUUCUGUUCCUUGUCAGCGUACAACAUCCUCUGCCAUCUAUAUGAACCUUGCUUCCCAUAUCCAGCCAGGGACUGUGAACAGAGUGUCCUCACCACUUCCUAGCCCUAGUGCUAUGACUGAUGCUGCCAACUCACAGGCUGCAGCCAAAUUGGCUCUUCGGAAACAGCUAGAAAAGACACUCCUGGAGAUUCCACCUCCAAAACCUCCUGCUCCCUUGCUUCACUUCCUGCCUAGUGCAGCCAAUAGUGAGUUCAUCUAUAUGGUAGGCUUGGAAGAAGUCGUACAGAGUGUCAUUGAUAGCCAAGGCAAAAGCUGUGCCUCGCUUCUGCGGGUUGAACCCUUUGUAUGUGCCCAGUGCCGCACAGAUUUCACCCCUCACUGGAAGCAAGAAAAGAAUGGUAAGAUUCUGUGUGAGCAGUGUAUGACAUCCAACCAGAAGAAAGCUCUAAAAGCUGAACACACCAACCGGCUGAAAAAUGCUUUUGUUAAAGCCCUACAGCAGGAACAGGAAAUUGAACAGCGAUUACAGCAGCAGGCAGCCCUCUCUCCUACUACGGCUCCAACUGUGUCCAGUGUCAGUAAACAAGAGACCAUCAUGAGACACCAUACACUUCGGCAGGCCCCACAGCCCCAGAGCAGCCUCCAGCGUGGUAUACCCACAUCUGCCCGCUCCAUGCUUUCAAACUUUGCACAGGCGCCCCAGUUGUCUGUGCCAGGUGGCCUCCUUGGUAUGCCAGGUGUCAACAUUGCAUACUUGAACACUGGCAUCGGAGGACACAAAGCUCCCAGUUUGGCAGACCGACAGCGGGAAUACCUUUUAGACAUGAUCCCUCCCCGGUCUAUAUCGCAGUCCAUUAGUGGACAGAAAUAACGCCUGUUCCACUUGUACUGCCUAACCUUGAACCCUUUACCCCUUUCCUCUCCUGUUGCUCCCAACUUCCGUCGCAUGCAGUGCCUGUACUGGUGCCUACCAUACACGGAAAGCAAAACUGAAAAAACAGAAGACAAAAAAUAGAAAUCAACAAGAAAAUACACGCCCUGCCCCACCACCUCCCCUUUGUUUCAUACUGCUGCGAUCUGUUACCCUGCCACUCAAUCUUCUCUCUUCAAUUCUUUAACAAUGAGGUGGAUCUUUGCCUCUGAUAGAGGUCAGAAUGAGGUCCUGGGGAGAAUUUAAGCCCUCUGUCAUGUGUUUCUAAAGUUUGUUUUAUGCUAUAAUUAUUACCAUUUUUAAUUAUAUUGUGUGUCCUCCCUUUGUUCAGUGGAC